AUGCAGACUGCUUCUACAAACAUUUGUGAAAGACUGUGCAAUAAGUCCUUCCGUGAAAUUUCUUUGCUACUAAAUAUUCCACAGUCAACUGGUGGUAUUAUAACAAAGUGGAAGCAACUGGGAACAAAGUGGUAGGCUAUGUAAAAUGACAGAGCUGGGUGAGCGCAUGCUGAAGUGCACAGCGUACAGAAGGUGCCAACUGUCUGCAGAGUCAAUAGCUAAAGACAUCCAAACUGCGUGUGACCUUCAGAUUCACAACAAUAGUGCAUGGAGAGCUUCAUGGAAUGGGUUUCCAUGGCCGAGCAGCUGCAUCCAAACUUUACAUCACCAAGUGCAAUGCAAAGUGUUGGAUGCAGUAGUGUCCACUGGACACUAGA